CGUGGCACUAUAGUUGUUGGUCUGGAUCAGGCCAACUGACAGCGAACAAACGGCCGCAUUCCGACGGUUAUGAACGUUCGCCUGGCUGUUCAAUUCAACUCGUUACCGGCUGAGUUUUGUAUUUUUUAAUCACAUUAAUCUGGUAGUAAUACUCCUGAUCAGAGGUGUCUCCAUUUGAUUGUUUACGUUUUCAAAAGCAACCCCAAAAUGUAUGAACGACAAGUCUGUACAAAAAUACUCCGCGACUAAAGCAUUAUUAUUAGCCUUAAGGGGCAGUUAAUAAAAUAUUGCCCCGGUGUCUAUCUUGUGUUUGCCAUUUGGGUAAAUGCAGACGACAGAUUCCACACAAAAAAAUAUUUAGAGAUUUAGCGACGCCGAGCUGUGACCACGUCCAUGAUAAUAAUAUGUAUACAUACGAACAUCGUCGUUUGAGUCGUUUAAAACAUUACAAUUGCAUUAAAGGUUAUAGUAUAAUUAAAUGAGCGACAGAAAUAUAAAUGAGUUUAUAGCGAAAGUGCGGCUAGCGUCGGCGGUGGGCAAGCCUAGCGGUGUAUUGUGGAAGAGACAGAAGCGACAGACCAGAGGCACACAAUAUGUGUUGGCUCUCGCCGAAAAGGAGGCAGUAUUCUUCAAGCUAAAUCAUGUAAUGUAAGCGGCGAAAGGAAAGCGAUUUCGUCUUUUCGUCAAUUAAAGAAUAAUCCCUCGAUCGGACGAACCAUGUCCAAGCCAGGGGAGAAAAACAGAUUGAACGAAGACCAUGGCAGAAAGCAGAGUUCAAGUUUGGCGAACGGCAUGGACAGUCAUCCCGUCUGCGGCUCGGCGGCGGAGAAGCGGAGUCACUGGAGAAGUUACAAGUUGAUUAUCGACCCGGCGCUGAAGAAGGGACCGCACAAACUCUACCGCUACGAUGGACAGACUUUCAACAUGCCCAACCCCGGGAUACCACCGGUGGACAUCGUCCGAGACCCGAGGAUCGGUCGUCUCUGGACUAAGUACAAGGAGACGGACCUACCGGUGCCGACAUUUAAGAUCGACGAGUGUUACAUCGGCCCGGUGCCCCCGAAGGAGGUGACGUUCGCCCGGCUCAACGACAACAUUCGGGAAGGAUUUCUUACCGACAUGUGCAAAAAAUUUGGGGAAAUCGAGCACGUGGAGAUCUUGUACAAUCCGAAGAACAAAAAGCAUCUGGGGGUGGCCAAAGUAGUUUUUGAGAAUGUGAAGGCCGCCAAAGUGGCGGUGCAGUCGCUCCACAAGACAUCUGUUAUGGGAAACUUCAUCCACGUGGAGCUGGACCCGAAAGGUGAGAAUCGUCUGAGAUACUUCCAGCUCCUGAUGAACGGCAGCUACACUCCGCAGACCUUGCCUGUUGGGGGAGAGGAGGCCCGGGAAGUUUCCCCUCGUAGCCUGGCAGAAGCCCUACUGGCCUGCGAGCCCAUCCGCAGGUUGUCGGAGAGCAGUGUGUCUGCUGUUGGAGGAACAUUGCCUCCUAGCAGCUCCACCACUCCUUUGUCCCUGGAGACGGGCUACUCCAGCCUAAGGCAGGACACACCCCAGUCCCAGGGAACCCCUCAUACCCCACGCCAGUCAGGUACGCCCUUCUCUCAAGAGUCCAAUUUCUCCAGUCGUCAGUCCACCCCGGUGUACCAGUCCAGCCGGGCCGAGAGCUCUGGGGCUUACAAACCUCGCAGACACGAGAGUAAGUUCCAGGAUGCGUACAACCGCAGACCGGAGCGGCCUCAGUACCGCAGCAACAUGUACAGAAGUACAACUUCUGAGCAGGCUCCCUUCAAACAGCACCAACUCACCCCACCUGAACCUCCACCCUCCACUCCCUCCUUCACCUACACACCGCCUCUCCCUGCUACGCCCAACUUCAAGUCCGCCUUCUCGCCCUACCAGGCUCCUUUGCCCCCCGCGUUCCCCCCUUCAGAGCCUGCUUUCCAUAACCCAGCCCAAAGGGAGGGUGAGUACCUUCGACCCCCGGAGCCUCCCCUGGCAGCUGCCACUGACUUUUUGCCCGUCAAGGAGAGACCAGAAACUCCUCCAAUCCCAGAGCCCCCGCCCGAGCCCGAGCCCCAUCCGACCACCCCUCCUCCUCAAACACCAGAGCACUGCCCCUCACCUGGCUCCCCCACACUUGAUCUGGAGCGCAAUAGCCUGGAUUCCCGCAUUGAGAUGCUCCUCAAGGAGAAAAGGACAAAACUGCUGCCGUUCCUGGAGGAGCGAGACUCGGACACUGAGGUGCGUAUGGAGGGAAGUCCGAUUUCCUCCUCGUCCUCUCAGCUAUCCCCAAUUCCCCCUUACACAAGCGGCUCCCAAGGUGGCCAGCAAAACUCCCGUCCCUCGAGCACAGGCUUGGAGGAUAUCAGUCCGACCCCAUUGCCAGAAUCGGAAGAUGAAGAUCCAAUUCCCGGAACUGCCUCCCUGAUCAAGAGAAUCAGUUCUCCGGUCCAGGAAACGAUGAGCAACAGUGACCUCAAAGAUGGACAUUUUCGAGGCCACACUCCCACUGAAGAAAUUGAAAUGGGUCAUCAGUCGUCAGGUGAAGACAUGGAGAUUUCCGACGAUGAGAUGCCCGGGACGCCAAUCAGCGGCGAAGACUGUGGCAAGGGCAUUGUCAUGAACUCUGCCGUGUCCCCGAUGCAGUCCAUUUCCAUCCCUCCCCCCGGCUUCCCUCCUCUCCCGCACCAGGUCGGCUUCCAGAUCUCACAUCACCACUUGGCCGGUCACUCUGCCGUGUCAGGACAUCCUCACCUGGCCGGUCAUCCUGGAGUGCCUCACCAUAUGCUGCCACCCAUGAACCCCUACGCUCAUAGCAUGAUGCCGCUGGUGCAGAUGGAGCUGAUGAACUGCUUGCGGUGGGAACAGUGGAGCACUGUUCCCAUGUCCUUCCAGAUGCAGCAGCAGAUGCUGAGUCGCAUGGCUCAGACCAGAGGUCCCUAUCAAUAUCCACAUUUUAUGGACAGCGCUGCGUCUGGGCCCUAUGGGGCACCCUACCAGCCUGUGACGUUGGCAGCUACACCUGCUGCCGGCGCAGCAGCACCCGAACAACAAUGGCAGCAUCCCAGUAUACCAAAGUUCAACCCUACUGUUCCUCCUCCUGGAUAUGAGACAAAAAAGGAGGAUCCCCACAAGGCCACCGUUGACGGUGUACUGCUGGUCAUUGUCAAGGAGCUGAAGGCCAUCAUGAAGAGGGACCUCAACCGCAAAAUGGUGGAGGUGGUGGCUUUCAGAGCCUUUGAUGACUGGUGGGAAAAGAAGGAACUCUCAGCAAAGGUAUCUUUGACUCCAGUGAAGGGCACCGAGGGGAAGGAAGAAGAAAGGCCCAAACCCAAAGAGACGAUGGGUUCAAGUCUGCUGGAGAACUGGAACAAGGGCGAGGGGCUGGGCUACGAGGGAAUUGGCCUUGGAAUCAGUUUACGAGGGGCCAUCCGCCUGCCCUCCUUCAAGGUGAAAAGGAAGGACCCGCCUGAGGCUGCAGCGGCAGGCGACAACAAACGAGCACGGCCCUCCACGCCAGUGGACGACGAGCUGGAAGAUGAAGACCGGGAUCGAGACCCAGCAGAGCUCCCGUUGGACGAUUCCAAAAUGGACGCCGACAGUGCGUCGGGGAAGCGACGGCACUCGCGGCCACUUGAACUGGACAGCGAGGGAGAGGAGGAGGUGGACACCUCAGGAAAGGAAGAGGAGUCAUUGUCCGACAGAGAGGAGGAGCCUGAUAAAACUCAGGCUACAGAUAGGCUGUCAUCGGGAAAAGAGAGUGGCGACGAGGAGGGUGAUGAUGAAGACUCAUCCAGUGAGAGCGCCUCCUCAGAUUCGUCUGAUGAAGAAGGGGAGAACUCGGCUUCCUCCAAAGCCACCUCAGACUCCUCAGCAGAAAGCGCAGACUCCUCUGAGUACGAGUUGAGCUCGGAAGAGGAAGAGGAUGAGGAGGAAGAAGAGGAGGGGGCGGCGGCAGUACAAGAUGUAGAGGUUGAAGGCAAAGAAGCAGUGACCUCCUCGUCCUCUUCAUCUUCAUCAAUUUCCUCUUCUGAUGAAGACGAAGGGAAGGCAAAGACCAAGGCCCCAUGCCCUCCUUCGGGGACGGUCCCAGAGGAUAUGGAGGAGCACAGGAGCAGAGAGGAGCUAAGCAGCAAACCCAAAAGCAGACCUCCUAGUCCUGAGGCGGAGGUGACGGAGGACCUGAAGCCUCCAUCCCCCAAAGCCAUCCCAGUCCAAGAGCAAGACAUCAGUGUCGACUGUAACAUUCCUGCAGUGAAGGAGCAUGUAGCAAACCUUCGGCCACCCACUCCCACGGGCGCCCUGCCCGACAGCGACCAGGAGACAAAAGACAAAGGUAAAGCGGAGCCUCAGGAAGUACCCUGCACCCCCGGUCGAUUAGCCCUAUCCCAAGUAGACACUAACACACCUGCCCCCAAAUCUCUCUCUGCAUCUUUAAUGCACCUCCCUCUCCCUCCUCACCCGGCUGUAGAAGGUCGAUCCCUGCUUCAUCCACCCCCUGGUCCCCUGCCUGACCUCCCUCAGCGGGCCAGGCUCCCCACAGACGAGGACAUCCCCCGCACGCCGGGCAGGGACCUGAUGGAGCGCGCCCGAAGUCUGGGCAAGUCCCAGAGCACGGAGACCGUGCCCAUCACACCUGGUAGUGAUGCCCCACUGACGGGUAGCAGCCUAUUGCUUAGCUCCCCUCACAUCCCCGCUAGCCCCUUUUCCUACCCUGUGCAAUCCCCUGUCCUUAGUGCUGGAGUCCCCCGCACUCCAGGAAGAGACUUAACAUUCACCCCUGUCUUCCCUGACCCCACAGCACUGGCUUUUAAUAGGAAAAUAUCCACUGAGAGCCUGGAUGAGAGACCUGUUUUCAAGGAGCCGCCCAUCAGCACUCUGCCUAGCCAGGCCCCAUCAGCUGGAGCAGAGCAUUCGGUCAGUGUCCCUGAAGAUCUGCCCACUGGUCUCACCGUCGACGUCCCUGUGCCAUCAGAUACUGCCCCAUCAAAGAAGAAACCUGGACGACCCAAAGUCAAAAAGACUCCAGCUGUCUCUGCAGCUGAUGAGUCUUUGGAGCUCUCGUCUGAGUCCACCCUUCUGCCUCACGAAGCACAACUCGGCGAUCUAUCCACACAAACAAUCUCCGCCAUCUCCGCCAAGUCCCCUCACCACCCGAGCCUGGACUUCAGGGAAGGAGAGGUGAAGCCCCAGACGGUCAUACCAGACGAGGACGGCUUCCUGUCCUACGAAGACGAGGCGCCUGUGAUCGUGAAGCCGACCCGGAGGGCACGGCGAGGCUGGGAGGAGCUGCUGCUGGGCAGCCUGUCCCCCGUCACCUCGCCACACCGGCCGUACUUCAAUCCACGCUCUGAGUUUGAGGAGAUGACCAUCCUGUAUGACAUCUGGAACGAAGGCAUCGACGACGAAGACAUGCGGCUACUGCAGAUCACUUAUGACAAGAUGCUCCAGCAGGAUAACGGCAACGACUGGCUCAACGACACCCUCUGGGUCAACCAUCCUUCUACUAACAUCCCAAGAGUGAAGAAAAAGAGACGAGACGACGGCAUGAGAGACCACAUGACUGGCUGCGCGCGAAGCGAGGGAUACUACAAGAUCGACAAGAAGGACAAGAUCAAGUACCUCCAGAGCACCAAGCUGCAGUAUGAGGAGCCGCCGUUCGACACGCAGGGUAUGAGUAUUCCCGCACAGGUCCACGCCUCCACCAGAGCUGGCUCGGAGCGGCGGUCGGAGCAGCGGCGGUUGUUGUCCUCGUUCGCGUGUGACAGUGACCUGCUGAAGUUCAACCAGCUGAAGUUCCGUAAGAAAAGGAUCCGAUUCUGCAAGUCACACAUCCACGACUGGGGUCUGUUUGCUAUGGAGCCCAUCGCCGCGGAUGAAAUGGUGAUAGAGUACGUGGGACAAAACAUCAGACAGGUGAUCGCGGACAUGCGGGAGAAGCGCUACGAGGAGGAGGGCAUCGGCAGCAGCUACAUGUUCCGCGUUGACCACGACACGAUCAUCGAUGCUACAAAGUGUGGCAACUUCGCCCGUUUCAUCAACCACAGCUGCAAUCCCAACUGUUAUGCAAAGGUGAUCACAGUGGAGUCUCAAAAGAAGAUUGUGAUCUACUCUAGACAGCCCAUUAAUGUCAACGAGGAGAUCACUUACGACUACAAGUUCCCCAUCGAGGACGAGAAGAUCCCCUGUUUGUGUGGGGCAGAGAACUGUAGGGGAACGCUGAAUUAAUGUUCCAGGUGAGGUUCCAAUGUUCUCCAGGUUGGAAAAGUACUGGCCUAGAAAAUUCAUUUAUUCAAGUUUUCAAGACCAGCACAUGUUGAGGAACCGACGAGGGAAGGUCAUUUUUUUUGAUCGAGGAGAAGAAAGCUGCAAGUCGUCCGUACGGCCCUCUUCACACAUUAAACUCUAGAUUGUUUACGAUUUAUGGUGCUCUUGAAAUAAAAAAAACGCAUCGUUUUUUUUUUUUACGUCUGCCAGUGACCCAGAACUUAAUUAAACACUUGAUUUGCUGGUGCAGCAUUUCAUCCUCUCAGCUCGGGACAGUAUUUCAGCUCCUUUCACAUCCCCUCCUGGUUUGUACAGUUUUACACUUCUUUUUAAACAAUCUUGUUUGUCUCAUAAGCUUUACGUACACACGUGGUACAGAAAAACAAACAAACAAACAACACAUGUUCAGCUGCUUACGAACACUGCUGAGACGCACAAGCCCGCCAGGAAAACGCCUCUCUUUGGGAGAAGACGUGGUCGGGCCUCUGAGCAGAUGGGAAGGCGGCGGAGUGUCGCGGCCCUGCUUUCCCACUCCUACCUCCUCUACACCGCUUUCCUUGGAUGUGAAUCAAACUGAUGGGAAAAGAAACACAAAUGGUUGAAUCCUGCCACAAAAUCUGGAAUAUUUGGAAAUCACGACCUGCUUGUACCAGCCAAUAAUGGAUCACGCUGCUUCCUAUUAGUUUAUGCAAAAAAAGUUAAAGAUGACGUGCAACAUUUGUAUUCCUGAUAGUCCAUUGUUUUCCAGUUUUGUUUCUGUAGCUCUCCUCUUUCUAGUUUCUUCAAAGACACUAUCUACUGUGUGUGUGUGUGUGUGUGUGUGUGUGUGUGUGUGUCCGUGUGAGAAUUUGAGUGCACUACCCCCUGUAGGCCACAGCAUAGUAUGCCGCGCAGUCGUGCAGAGUGAGAAAUACAAAAGUGAAUCAACUUUCUCUCUGCAUCCACUGGGCAGCGUAUGAAAACACAUAAAUAACAUUUCCUUAUUUUAAGUGCCAUAUGAAUGUGUAACUGUCUUUGUUAAACGUGAGCCGGUGGCGGACAUGGAAGUCAUACAUGCCGCCGAGGGCUGUUAACAUGCAUGUGUAAAGAAUUGCUGCCUAUUUUUGUCACCGCGCGGAUGUUUGGCUGAUGAUGAUGUUUUUGGAUUCCUUCAUCUGUGUCUGGGAUGGCCGUCUCAUGUUUGUGUCCUUUUCAACUAUAACACUUAUUACUCGACCAGUGUUCAAAGUUUCCCCGUGAAACAGGAGUGUUAUGACAACCCAGCAGCCCUCCUGCAAGGGUUGUUCUUUCUUUAUGAUCUCAUUAAGGAAAACAAAAUAGUAAAUGCACUAGAGGCACUUCUGCUUUACCGCCAAUCAUAUCCCCCCUUCAAGACCAAGUCAGUCACUGCUUUUCAUUCAGUUGGAUCGAUUAAGAAGAGUUUCUCUUCUUCUUUUCACCAGUGAUGUUUAUAUUGUAUAUGAUAACUUGUACAGAAGAUCUAAAGCUUUUUUUCCUCCUUUUUUUAUCUUCAUAAGGGUAACACUUUUAAGAUGCAUCUUUCUCUCUCUCUCUCUUUUUCCUUUUUUUUUUUUUUAAACAAAAGAUUGAGUAUUUAAAAGUAUUUUCAGGGAUCUGUAAAAGGAAUCUGAAGGUUUAAAAGGGUUGUUUAUUUGAAGCAAAAGGCCCACUGUGUAAAGGAAACGUCUCCACCUCCCUUUUUGUAAGAUUGUUUCUUGUAGAAACGUCUUCGUUUUCUGCCCAUUUGCUUUGUAAUCCUAAAAUGUGUACAUACAGUAACUGUGAAUACUAUAUGAAAAUAUAUAGAUAUAUAUAUUUUUGUUCCCCUGGGAUUUGCUACGUGAACACAGCUCAGAGAUCUGUGUAACAUAUGAGGAGAGCAAUGAGCUGGUAGCAGGAAAUUCAGCUUGUGUCAAGCUUUGUUUUUGUUUUUUAUUUUCUGUUGUAACUUCUAUGAAAAGUUGUUUGCGGUGUGGAGAAAAAACAAAAAGGUGCAGAAUCGGCAUGGGAAGAGGAUUGAAGCAUCAGCCUGUUUCUCAUGUCUAUUUAUUACACAACAAAUGUAUGAAAAUGGAAAAAAAUUGGAAAUAAAGCAAUUUUGCAUACA